AUGGGCACUCACAAGAAGGCCGCUGCCGUCUCUUCGACGGACACGUUCGGGGAGGUUGGCCGCAUCUUUCAGCAAGUGCACCAGAGCGCUGCGCACGCGCAGAAGUGCAAGAAGAAGCUCAUCAGCCUCGGCCAGGAGAGCGCGCCGCAACUCUGCAGAGAUGUGUGCGGUGUCGUGCUGCUGAUCCUGAAGCAGGUGGCUCAGAUCGCGCCUGAGGCGAUGCGAAGGCACUACGCCUUUGUCACCGAGCUCUGUAAGGCGUUCCGCGAGUCCUUCGAGUCGGACCAGUUGGCCAUUGAGCUGCUGAAGAGUGUUUCGGCCUUCCACAACGCGAUGGACAAGGCUGUGCGGCUGGCCGUCGUAUCCACCUUUGAGGCCCUGCUCAAGACGGUGGACCAAAGCAAUGUGUCGGAGGAGCGGCAGGACUUCUACCAGGAGGCUGCGGAGCUGCUGAAGCAGCGCGCGCAUGAUAAGUGUCCGCAGGUUCGUGCGAAGGCGGUCGCCAGCGUGGCUGCCUUCCAGUCUGGGAAAAAGGAUUGCGACGUCACACAGCAGCUCAUUGCACUGCUGUGCUGCGACACCAACGCCGACGUGCGCAAGCAGAUCCUCCACGCGAUUGCGCCGCGCAAGGAGUUUCUCGAGGGGUACUUCCACGGCAUUAUCCGCUGCAUCCGCGAUGUCGUGGCACGCGUGCGGGCGGAGGCGUGGGACGUGCUAGGGCGCUUUCCGUGGCGCUACAUCACCGCCUACGCGAAUGCCAAGGGAGUGAAGAUGCCGGAGCUGCUGGCGGCCGGGCUUGACGACGCCAACGCAUCGGUCGUCAUUGCCUGCCGGGCCGCCAUCACCAACUCGUGGGUGCACCGUGACUGCAAGGAUCUGUACGAGGAUUUCAUGAACAGCAUCGCGUGUGGGUACGUACUCCCGUCGCUGUCGCCGUACGAGCGCAUCAGUGCGGAGCUGCUUGCUCACGCGCGAAAGCGCCAGGCCAACACACACUUUCUCUUGAAGCUCGACGACAUCAACACGGCGGGGCUGCUCCUAUGGAAGGCGGACUGUCGUGUGUCGUGCGACACGGAGGGCGAGGACGAGACACAGCUGCUGCUGCCGCUGGGGCAGUUCAGCACCGUUCUCCAGGAUACUGUGUACGCCUACGCGCGCCCCGAUGCGGAGCCCAAGACGGUCAAGUUCCGCAGCGUCGAGGACGCCGACAACAUGCUGCGUAUUCUGCUCUCGGUUUUCGACAUCUACGAUGACAAUGCCUACUUGGCACACGCCGACAACACCACCCGCGCAUCGCUGCUGCGCCUCAUCAACUUUAUCUUGAAGGUUGUGCCAGACGAAGAUCCGUCGCUCUUCGUGGACGUUGCCGUGCGCGCUCUCAAGUCGCUCACCGCCCGCACGCCGGAAGAGGCAACGAAGACGAUCACGUCCGCGCUCGACUCGCUCUUCCGAAGCCUGAAACUGCCGCAGCGACACAGUCUGGGCUUCGACGAUGUCGAAGCAAUUGGACGCAAGAGCCGCGAGCGGCAGCAGGAGUUGGUGAAGCGCAAGGUGCUGUGGCGCGCGGGCGAGCUGACGGAGGAGUCCUACACGGAGCUGAAGGAGGAGAUGGACCGGGAUGAGAAGUUUCUGCUGCGCAUGCAGCUCAUCGUCCUCGCGUUCCUUUCACAUUCGCAGCGCGGGGACGCGAUUCCGAUGUUCUGCUACCACAUCAUUCAGAUGGGCCGGCACCUCGACAACGAGAAAGUGCGCGUGGCGGCGACGAAGUCGCUUUGCUUGCAGUGCCUCAUCAACCCCGAGUGCGUCCACACCUUUAUGCCGCUCAUCCUCGCCGACUCGCAGGAGAAUGCUGGCGGCGCCGUAGAGGCCGACAUGAGCCUUCCCAUCGCGGCCAUCGGCGUUAUCUUUGAUCUCAUCAUGGAGUACGGGCUGCGCUUCUUCGACGUGGCGAAGCGGCCACCGAACGAGGCGAGGGCGCUGUACAAUUCAGAGAGCGAGACCGAGGCGCGCCUGCAGCACGAGCAGGAGUUGGCGGAGGAGGACGUGCACAAAGUGGGCAGCAAGCGUCUUCUGGCAACGCUACAGUCUUACCUGCAGUCGGGCAACGAGGCCAAGCACAUUGUCACGGCCUCCGGCUUCUGCAAACUGCUGAGUUGCAACCGCCUUCCGGCAGAGGUCGUUCCACAUGUUGUAGCAGUUCUGCUUAUUCACUACACGGGUGCCAUGGCGUCGAAGAAGGAAAGCACCACCGCCGCGUACAUGAUGGACUACCUCGGCACCUUCUUCCGCAGCUACGCCGCGAGCCACCCAAAGCGCCAGGCGCAGAUCUGCGAGGGCGGUAUCACCGCAUUCCGCGUCGUGCUCGAGCGCAACAUCGCCAUGGCAUCGAGGCUGAUCGAGUUUGUUGCGCGUCUCACGGACGCCUACACGUUGACCGCCAUUCGCGACAUCGACCCGCAAGCGGCAAGGCGCGCGACCAGGGACGUGGUAGACGAGGCAGGAGGAGCAGCAGAAGAGGUCGAGGCGCAGCGCAAGAGCAACCGCGCCAACGCAACGCGCUCUUCCAUGCAGUCGGGCCGCCUUUUUCGCGAGCUGAGUCGCCACUCUCUUCACGAGCGGCUCUCACAGGAGCUGCUGAUCGUGUUGGCGAGCAGCGAGCUCGCGGAGAGUCGCGCUGCCUGCAUGGAUGCUCUGGAGAAGUGCAUGUAUUUUUACAGCCUCGAACCACAGCCCUUCUUGCUCCACUGCACUGCCGCGGCACUGGAGGCGACGCGGCAUGCUGCCCCUAUCGUGCACGACCGUCUAGAGGCCUGGCAGACGAAGCUUUGUGAGCGAUGCACCGCGGCCGCCGCUGCGCCACAGUCGAACGGCACCACCAGCGACGCCGACAGCGCCGAUUCGCUCGAACAGCGGUGGUGCGAGGGGCUAAAGGCACAUGAAGAGAAGCGGGACGCGCUGCUGGAGGCGGGCUUUGGCGGGUUCGCGUCUAUCCCACCUCAGCUCGAUGUCGCUUCACCCGUGAUGGUGAAGGCGGAAACGGCGGAGUUGAAGCGGGAGCGCCACUCAGACGUGUUCGACGUGGAGUCGAUUGUGGGUCCUAGCAAGCGAUCGAGGUACUGA